AUGGCAGCAUCGAAACAGGACCUUUCUUCCUGGGAUACCUUUCAAUGGAAGAGAAGAAUGGAACGCUUCGGGGAUACCGACGAGCCUGUGAUUGCUCUCGGGCCAAAGGGCGAGGUUGACGGCAUCUGCCAGCUUGGAGAGUUGACGGAUAAAGGCCGUCAAACCACCCUUGAGCUUGGGCAGAGACUCAGGCACCUCUACAUCGAGCGGCUCGGCUUCAUGCCGGAAAUUAUAUCCAAUACUGAUAACAUGUAUCUCCGCUCUACUCCCGUUCCGCGAGCUUUGGAGUCUUUGCAAAGUGUCUUUUGGGGACUAUACCCAUCCAGCGCACGAACUGCAGACUUUGCUAUGCCAUCUAUUAUUGUAAGAUCCGCUGCAGAGGAGACUCUAUUCCCGAACGAGGGAGGCUGCCAUCGUUUCAGACAGCUGGCUAGGCUCUUUGCCCAGCGUGCUGCUGAUAAAUGGAACGAAUCGGAAGAGAUGGCAUAUCUCAACUCGCUUUGGUCAAAGUGGAUGCCAGAAAACUCCCCUAGAGUAGCUGUUGACUCACGUCCCCGGCUGUCCGGAAUCCUGGACACCGUUGCGUCAACAUAUGCCCACGGACCAAAUACCCGCCUUCCCGCGGAGUUCUAUGAUCAGAAGGCUCGUGAAGUUGCUGACAGAAUAGCUGUCGAUGAGUGGUUUUCCGGCGGUCAAGAGAGCAGGGAGUACCGCAAACUUGCCAUUGGUGCACUUAUGGGAGAUGUUGUCGAGAGGAUGGUUCAUGUCGCUUCGCACAAGGGCUGGAGACCCAUGGCAGGUGCAUAUCAAUCGGGUGAAAAAAGCCCCGCUGUCAAACUAGCCCUGAGUGGCUGCCAUGAUACCACCCUUGCCUCAAUGCUAGCAAGCAUUGGUGCAUUCAAGAACGAGAGAUGGCCUCCUUACACAUCUUCGAUCGCUGUGGAGCUGUUCAAAGACGUCUCGGAAAGGGGCGCUUCUGGUUCACCAGCUGGAGCUAUCCUAGAGGAGUUCUCUGGCCCCCCUUCCCAGAAGCCAGCGUCAGAAAAAUCGUCCUUUUUCUCUUUUCUGACAGGUAAGAAGAGCCAGGCUGCUAGCUCAUCUGGAGUCGCACGCACUCCCCAAGUCAACCAACCCGCGUUGUCAAAUCACUAUGUCCGCAUCCGCUACAACGAUAAGCCAGUUACCAUCCCAGGCUGCGCGGCAAGUCCAGCCAAACAUCUGCCGGGAGACAAGUCGUUCUGCACUCUUGAGGCCUUCAAGGAGAUCGUUGACAAGUUUACUCCUGCCAAUUGGCGGGAAGAGUGCGGCUUAAAUCUCGACAAGGGAAUGUUCCCUGACGGAGAGAAGCAGCCAGCUGGCUACUAA